AUCUGUGCAUUUCUUUCAUUCUUGGCAUUCUUGCGUUUCGUGUGUUUGGAAGAUCUGCGUUCAUUUUGUUUGUUUGUUUUUUUUUUUUCCUCCUCCUCAAGUUCGUCGCAUAUUCUUUUGGCAUUGUUGAUUUCUAGGUUUUUUGAGAAGUUAGGCAUGGCGGAAACUGUUCUGACCCGCGUCCACAGCCUCCGUGAGCGCUUGGAUGAGACUCUGGCUGCUAACCGCAACGAAAUUGUCGCACUACUGUCAAGGAUCGAGGGCAAGGGAAAAGGUAUUCUGCAGCACCAUCAGCUUAUUGCUGAGGUGGAAGCAAUCCCUGAGGCCACCAGUAAAAAGCUUCUUGAAGGGGCCUUCGGUGAAGUUCUUAGAUCCACUCAGGAAGCCAUUGUUCUACCUCCAUGGGUUGCCUUGGCGGUUCGUCCAAGGCCUGGUGUUUGGGAAUACAUCAGGGUGAAUGUCCACGCUCUUGUGGUUGAAGAGCUGCGUGUGCCCGAGUACUUGCACUUCAAAGAGGAACUCGUUGAUGGAAGCACCAACGGGAACUUUGUGCUUGAGUUGGAUUUUGAACCCUUCACUGCAUCUUUUCCCCGCCCAACUCUUUCAAAGUCCAUUGGGAAUGGCGUGGAGUUCCUUAACCGUCACCUUUCUGCAAAGCUCUUCCAUGACAAGGAGAGCAUGCACCCUCUGCUUGAAUUUCUCAGAGUUCACUGCUACAAGGGGAAGAAUAUGAUGGUCAACGACAGGAUUCAAAACGUAAAUGCUCUCCAAUAUGUUCUUAGGAAGGCAGAGGAGUACCUGUCUACACUGGCCCCUGAAACACCAUAUGCUGAGUUUGAGCACAAGUUCCAGGAGAUUGGUUUGGAGAGAGGGUGGGGUGACACUGCUGAGCGCGUACUUGAAAUGAUCCAACUUCUUUUGGAUCUUCUUGAGGCUCCUGAUCCUUGCACCCUUGAGAAAUUUCUUGGCAAAAUCCCUAUGGUCUUUAAUGUUGUAAUUAUGUCUCCCCAUGGGUAUUUUGCACAGGAUAAUGUCUUGGGAUAUCCUGAUACUGGUGGACAGGUUGUCUAUAUCUUGGAUCAAGUUAGGGCCUUGGAGAGUGAGAUGCUUCUUCGUAUCAAGCAACAAGGCUUGGAUAUUACUCCUCGUAUCCUCAUUGUCACACGACUCCUCCCUGAUGCAACUGGAACCACAUGUGGUCAGCGUCUUGAGAAAGUAUUUGGGACAGAACAUGCAGAUAUUCUUCGUGUUCCCUUUAGAACAGAGAAGGGGAUUGUCCGCAAAUGGAUCUCAAGAUUUGAAGUUUGGCCAUAUCUUGAGACCUACACCGAGGAUGUUGCACAUGAACUUACUAAAGAGUUUCAAGGGAAGCCAGAUUUGAUAAUUGGAAAUUACAGUGAUGGGAACAUUGUUGCCUCAUUGUUAGCACAUAAAUUUGGGGUUACACAGUGCACCAUAGCCCAUGCCCUGGAGAAGACAAAGUAUCCUGAAUCUGACAUUUACUGGAAAAAUUUGGAGGAGAAGUAUCACUUCUCUUGCCAGUUUACUGCUGAUCUUAUAGCCAUGAAUCAUACCGAUUUCAUUAUCACCAGUACUUUCCAAGAAAUUGCUGGAAGCAAAGACACUGUUGGUCAGUACGAGAGUCACACUGCUUUCACCAUGCCGGGACUCUAUCGUGUUGUACAUGGAAUUGAUGUCUUUGAUCCCAAGUUCAACAUUGUUUCACCUGGAGCAGAUAUGAGUAUUUACUUUCCUUACACUGAGAAGGAAAAGAGGUUGACAUCCUUCCACGCUGAAAUAGAAGAGCUCCUUUACUCCUCUGUGGAGAAUGAAGAACACUUGUGUGUCUUGAAAGACCGGAACAAGCCCAUCAUAUUCACAAUGGCGAGGCUCGAUCGUGUGAAGAACAUCACUGGUCUUGUUGAGUGGUAUGGUAAGAAUGCUCGUCUUCGUGAGUUGGUUAACCUUGUUGUUGUUGCUGGGGAUCGGAGAAAGGAGUCUAAGGACAAUGAGGAGAAAGCUGAGAUGAAGAAAAUGCAUGAACUUAUUGAAACCUACAAGUUGAAUGGCCAGUUUAGAUGGAUUUCAUCCCAGAUGAACCGAGUGAGGAACGGUGAACUAUAUCGGUACAUUGCGGACACAAAAGGAGCCUUUGUGCAGCCUGCUGUAUAUGAAGCUUUUGGCUUGACAGUUGUUGAGUCCAUGACUUGUGGAUUGCCAACAUUUGCUACUUGUAAUGGUGGCCCAGCUGAGAUCAUCGUACACGGUAAAUCUGGCUUCCAUAUUGAUCCAUACCAUGGUGAUCAAGCUGCCGAGCUCCUUGUUGAUUUCUUUGAGAAGACUAAGGCUGACCCUUCUCACUGGGACAAAAUCUCUCUGGGAGGUUUGAACCGAAUCCUUGAGAAGUACACAUGGAAGAUUUAUUCUGAGAGGUUGUUGACCCUGACUGGGGUGUACGGCUUCUGGAAGCAUGUGUCUAACCUUGAUCGCCUUGAGAGCCGCCGUUAUCUUGAGAUGUUCUAUGCUCUCAAGUACCGUAAGCUGGCUGAGUCUGUUCCUCUUGCUGUCGAGUAAAGAAAAUUCGAAGAUGCUAAUAAAGGAGGAAGCACUGGGCUGGCACUAGUGAAGUUUUUUUUUCUUUUUUUCUUUUUUCUUUUUUCUUCUGGGUUUUGAGGAAUAAUGUCCCUUAUUUUUGAGGAAGCACUGGGCUCUGGGGCAAGGCCUUUUAUUUUCUUCUUUUUUCUUGAUGCUUGUUGGAUGUAUUUGAACAUGGGUUGUUUAGCCCAUCAAAUAUCAAUUCAAUUCUGAGUGGUGACUUUGUUUGACUGCCUA